UUGCUAAGCUCUCAACAACUCAAAACCUCUCUUCCUAUCUUUCUCCUCUGGUUUUGCCGGUUGACUUUGAAGUAGAUGGCAAUUCCUGAAAUGGGGUUGUUCAGGUUUCUUAAACUGAGUGUUUGUGUUGCCGUGAUGGUGGUGGUUGCACUGAACUUUGCUGACUCAGCUGUUUACAUUCAUUUUGAUCAAACUCCCCCAGCAUGGUCAAGGUUCUCCACUGCUAGUUUUCGGUACUCGGUUGAAAGGGCUGAUGGUUCUAAUGCUUGCAGGAAUAAUAGUUGUUCUAUUUACUGUGAGUUGGAUGGCCAGCGAUUGAGACCAUGUCAUGUUGGUACCGUAGUACUGAGAAACUUAACUGCAAAUCAUGAGCAUAACUUCCUUCUCAACGUCACAACCCGAAAUGGAGAGAAAAACUCUUCAGCUUAUUCAUGGUUUAUCGAUACAAUCCCACCAACAGCAAUUAUGUCAAGUGAACAGAAUUACACGAGUGCGGAAAAAAUUACAAUUGACAUUACAUUCAGUGAAGCUUGCACUGGACAUGGUGGCUUCAAGUGUGUGAACUCAUCAAACUGUGAUGUUAGUAUUGACGGUCCAGCUCAGGUCCAAGCAUCCUCACUAAGCAUCAUUAAACCCAACAUCAAAUACAGUCUCCUACUAGUUCUAUCCAUGAAACAUAGAUAUGCGCGUGUAGUGGUUAGAAUGGCAGAUGAUUUUUGCAAGGAUCGGGCUGGAAACAAUUUCACCAGGAGCAAUGCUUCCACUGCAAUUAUUCACUUUGAUAGACGACCGGUGUGGGUUGAUCUUUCGUCAUCUGUUCCAUCAAAUGAGUUGGCAAUCAAUGGGGUUCCCAGGACUGUUUUUGCAACUAACAGAAUGAAGAAUUUGGAGGUGUACUUGGAUUUCAGCAUUCCAGUCAUUAAUUCAACAGAGCAGAUCCUAACUGCAUUAUAUGUGAAUUCUGGUAGUCUGAUACCUGUUCAUGAGAGAACUCAUGGAAACCACCGAUUUGUUUUUCGUCUCAAGAAUAUUGCAUCAGAAACUGAAAUCAUCACAGUCAAACUACAAGCUGGCUUAUUGAUCGGCAGAACAAGCACUCCUGUCUCACCUGUUGCAGCACUUACAUUCCUCUAUGAUUGCGCCAAGCCUGGAGUAGGCCUAAGUACCAGUUCACAAAAUGUCACAAAGGAGUCCAAUAUCAAUGCAAUUGUUGAGUUCACGAAGCCAGUUUUUGGUUUUGAAGCCUCCAUGAUAGAGGUGAAUGGAGGGAGACUCAUAAGGUUUAAAGAACUUUCAAGAGCUCUUUACUCUUUGACUGUUCUGGCAGUAAGUAAUAGUAAGGUGUCAAUUACCAUUCCUGAAGGGAAAGUUAACGAUAUUUCAGGAAAUAUGAAUCUGGCAUCUAAUAGACUUGAAAUGGUUCACUAUUCAACACCUGCAAUAUCAACAGCACUGCACUCAUUUGUGACUUCGGGAGUCUUAGCAACAACACUAGCUGCUGCUAUUCUUUCACUUUCCUCCACAAAUCUUGGAGCAAUAAGUAAACUUAACUCUGCAAGUAAUAAUUUUGUAGCUUCUGAUCCAUCAAUGAAUCUACAUGGAAUGAUAGGACACCUGCAAGUGUUUGUCCUUUCAGACUGGCUAUUGUCUGAUCAACCCAUUGAAUAUUCUGAGACAACAAAAGGUCUUAGGUGGCUCAUACCUCGACAGAAACUUCCAUGGAAAAGGAAUGGCUAUUCAAUUUGGCCUAACAAUGUUUAUUUGGAUCAAGGGAGGUUCGUGAAGAGACCCAGUAGCUGGUUUAGCGGAUACCUUUCUGAUGAGAGAGCUUACCAUGACAUUGGCUUAGAUAACUCAUCUUACGUGCAACGAAAGUUACUAUUUCCAGCUGAAAUUGACUCAAAGUUCAGUUGGCUCCAUGGAAGGCAAAACAUAAGCAAAGAAGACUCUCCUUUUGGGCUACCUCUUAAUUCAAAUGAAUACUUCACCUUUUUCUUGAGGGGAGAGCCAUUAUCUGCUAGCAAUGUUGUCAAGAAAUUGGAGAAUUACAAAGGUUGGCAGGACAUGGCAAUGAACUUGUUCUGGCUGAGCAUAGGAGUGGGUAGCCUGCUAAUAGUUCAUUUUGCACUGUUAGUUUUCUUAAGAUGGAGGAUAGGGACAGCAGCUCAAGGGAUACUUUCAGUUCCGAGGUUCGAACUCCUCCUUGUAAUUCUCAUGCUACCGUGUAUCUCCCAGUCUUCUGCAUUUGUAAUAAGAGGUGGUACAAUUGAGGGGAUCAUCACUGGAGCUUUGUUGCUAGCCAUCCCUGCAGCAUUUAUUUUAUCUGUAUGCCUUUUCCUCACAAUUACCGUCUUCACUGGCAGCCUUGCUCGGUACAAAGAAAUCAGACAUGCCAAUGCUGAGGAAAAAUGGCAUAAAAAACUGUGGUUCUUCUUAGUGGGGAGGCCUGCUAAUGGAAAAUGGUUUUAUAUGGAUGGACUGCCUUCAUCAUUCCUCUCUCGCUUUGGAAUUCUAUUCGAGGACCAAAAGGGUCCUCCAUUGUUUGUCUUUGUUGACCAGAAUGACUCAAACACUAUGCCUAGGUGGGUUGGAAGUGGCCAAAAUGGAAUCGGAAGAAUGAGGGCUGUCAGCUCAGAUGACAGCCACGAAGAAAUGAAAAUUUCCUUGUUUAAGAGGUUCUUAGGUUGUGCUAGAUCUUCCUAUAUUAUUGUUGAUCUUUUAAGAAGAGUCUGCUUGGGAGUAAUCUCUGGAUCCUACUCAUCACACAGAUCAAGCCAAAGCGUUUGUGCAUUGACGAUCACACUGCUGCAGUUCUUAUGUUUAUUUACUCUCAAACCACACAUCAGAAGGGGAGUUUACAUUGUGGAAAGCAUUUCUCUGUUGAGUGAGGCAGGCGUCUUUGGUCUGUCCAUCAGUAUGAAUAAAUCAAAUUCAGUCAGAGAAAAAACUUUGGGACUUCUAAUGCUGGCUCUCCUUUUCCUUUCCUUUGUUGCUCAACUUGUAAAUGAGUGGUAUGCACUGAUAAAAUGCCUUCUAAGUAUCUCUCAGCCACAUAAGAAUUCUUUUAAACUCGGGUUGAAGUUUGCUGCUAAGGGUCUUCUGUUGCCUUUCCUCCCAAGGAAGCAUUGGUCAAGAGUCAUACCUGGUUCCUCACAAGCAAACUCAGUCUUAGUCCCGGCCCUUCCUCGAAGUAGGGAAACUGAAUUUGUAAGAAGAGAUCACAGGGAACCUCAUGGUGGCCAAUUUAGUUCCAUGACUGCAACAGUAGUCCCUCUUCUCAGUCCGGGUUCACCAAUUAUUAAAGCAACAGGUACAGCUGCAGAGACAACUCAUACUGUGCAGAAACCAGGGGAAAGUAAAAGGGGAAAAGGACUUAAAUUUGAUCCAAGGAAUGAUGUGAAGAAACUAAGGGAGUUGGCAAGGGCCAGUUUCUCUGGGAAUUCAAAGGAUGAGGAAACUAACACCAGCUAUAGAUACAGGUUACAAUCUUUUUCUCCUGAAACUGUCUCAAAUGAUCCUCAAACCUCCACUUCUAAAAUUACAAAGUAAAUAAAUGAUGUAUAGAUUAAUAUGGCUGCAGAAUAAACAAAUGGAUGUUCAACUUUGUCCUGUGCCAAAGAUCUUUUUGUUCUUAUAGAAUUGUAUCUGGAUUUAGAUAUGCUUAAUUUAUAAUCUAUUAACCUUGUAUUUACACA